GGCAUUUACGAAAGUGUUCACUUUUGGGCCCACCUUCCGAGCGGACAAUUCUCAAACCCGCCGACACCUGGCUGAGUUUUAUAUGGUAGAAGCCGAACUAUUUUUCCUGUGGGGGCAGGAUCUCCAGAGCGAACACGAGAAAUACCUGGUUCAACACUGCGGCGAUAUUCCCGUUUUCGUGUACGACUAUCCCUACGACCUUAAGCCGUUCUACCUGCGAGACAACGAAGAUGGACCUCGUAGGACUGUAGCAGCGGUUGAUCUACUGGUCCCAGAAGUUGGAGAACUUUUCGGUGGAAGUUUGAGAGAAGAUCGUGUGGAUUUUCUGCAAUCUCGCUUACGGAGGUACAUCGAGCUGCGCCAGUUCGGAUCUACCCCGCACGGGGGCUUCGGCAUGGGGUUCGAGCGAUACCUGCAGUGCAUCCUGGGAGUUCAGAAUAUUAAGGACGUCAUCCCGUUCCCACGAUUUUCCCACUCGUGUGUUUUGUAGCUCUCCGACCCAACUUCUGUUUUGGCUUCUCUUGUAAAUUCGCGGCGUGCCUAAAUGACACUGUGCAACGUUUAGAGGAAGAGAGAGAAAACAACAGACUUCCUUUUUUUUCUGUC